AUGCCUGUGAGGACUAGACGGACUGAAGGCUCCUUUGUUUUCAAUAGGUCCACUAAAGGGCUAGGACGGAUGGUAGGUUUAAGAACUUCGACGGAUGGAACAGAUGCUUCGUUUUGCUUUCAAGGAUGGCUUGAGCAAGACUGUUAUGCAAUGAACAAAUUUGCACCAAAUUAUAGCUUGUGUGACAGUUCAUUCCGUGAUGGCGCACAAUUUUGCAUUAUACUUUUUAGAAUCAAAGUUAGCCAAGAAUCAGCCAGCCAUAGACUGCAUUCAUACAAGCUUUCACAUAUGCUUGGUGAUUCAGAAUUCCUGUUAGAAGCCGAAAUUAUCACCAUGUUUGAAAUAUGA